CUUUCGUUUCGAUAUAAGCUCUCUAUAAUGAUACUCAACAACGUCGGCGUCAAAGAACUGGCAGGCAACCUGGUUUUGGGGUUUGAUAUCUGCCUCGUGAGCGGGGAGGAACAAACUGCUAUAAAUUGACUCCGACAAUUUCUCUGGCUGCCUAUACCGUCAAAGAUGGUCGAUGACCGUCCAACGACAACGUUGACGACGUUCUUUGGGCCCUUCACGACGAUAGUGCUAAUGAUAUGAGAUGAUGUUCUUUAUUGUCUCCUCAUCUUAUCCCUCUACGAGACUCGAGGCUGAUAAAAUCCCCAGGUACUAUUGCUACCAUUUGAAAUUGAGCGGGAGAAUGAAGGGAAGACCUGCGUGGAUUUAGGAUCGUCCCCGUAUCUACCACAUAUAUGAAGAAACGCAUGGCGCAAACUUUCGAAUCGUGGCCAAGGUACCCUCUCCGCAUCACGAUUGACCUAUCAAUCCGAAAGCAGCACUGCUGGUUCACGGUAUGGAUGCAUACGAUCCUAUAUUUCUCGCUACUAGACUUUCGGCCACCGUGUCAAAACUUUGCAACUGGUCUCAAGCACCUCCUCGCGGUCAAGUCGCUCUUUCGUAGACGGUCCUCUCAUCUUUCCAAGGGACUUCGUAUUCUCCUUCCACCAUCCUAAACUCUGUUUGCGGUACUGUCUUCAUCGCCGUGACAUUUAAUCAAUCAAAGUUACCGGGGAACGGUUUUGGAUCUUUCUAUGGGUUCCCAAACCCCCACACGACCAUACCGAAUCUCUCGCUCGAGCGCAGGAUCUCGCGUUUUCGUGCCAUCCGGACAAUAUUUUCAAUAACGUGAUUUUUCCAGUCGAAACUACCAAGAUCCCCGAGUCCCUUCUCGAUCUCUCCUCUCGCGUUAGACAGUCUGGCAUGAGGGACUUCAAGGUUAUCCGGAACGGGCUUCCUCCAACGACAUCCGCGUUCCCUGCAGCCCGCUCUCUUCAUGAUACAUGAUCAAUUGAACCCCCGAUGCCAGCUCUUGGUGAUCUCACUUUUACGCUGAUAGCGCUCACGGCAGCACGCAACUUGUUUUCUUCUUUUUUUUUAGCCCGGGAAACUACAACGAGCGAGAGGGAAAUUUCAGUAAAGGUGGUCGAGGCCGGAAAAGUUUGCAAAUUUUUUCCGGUAACAAGUUAUGUAAAUUAGCCUCGUCGGGGAAAGGUGGAUACUUUGUAUGGAAGCAGAUCUGCGCAAACAGACUUGGAAAGCAGUUUCGCGGGUGAAAAGUACCCAUCAGAAAGAAAACAGCUCCUGAUCGUUGGCGCGGGACGACUAGGUUAUGCAAGAAGCCCUAGCGUAACGUCCGAGAGGCGGUUCCAACGUGUGAGAAAAGUUGAUUGAUAUAGUGGGACAACUCGGAAGGGAUACCCUCAUUCACUCACCCACUUGGUCAAGCACAAAAAUGACUCCAUUCUACGCUUUAAAUUCAAGGUCCCAGAUCUUGCUCUGCUUUUUUAUCCGGAAAACAGGGCGCAAUGCUUCCUGUUCAUCGAUGGAGCAGAAUAACUGGAAGGACAGAGUGAGACGUCCAGAUUUUGGUCUAGAAGAAAGCCAUUUGGCAGAGCCUGACAGGUAACGGUGGCGUCAAGUCCUCGACUGAAGGUCAGGGUGAUACUAAUAGAUUGAAUGAAUGGUUCCCGGAUCAAUCAGCACUCAGUACACUCGCAAAGCUUUCUAAUGUACUUCGCUGCCCCCCUAGCUCCAACCCUGUGGCAACUGUUUUUCCCUGUAUCAUGGGUCAUCCCAUUCUACGGUGUAUUCUCUAAUCAAGUUGACAAUUCGGUCUCGUACCACACAUUUGGGUAUACAGAGUUCGUGCCUCCAGGCUACUUGUAUAUUUAACUCACUCUAACCGUCCUGAAAAUUGUCUUUUCAAGUUUCUCUUUCACCAUGCUGUUCAAGAAACUCGUCUCUGUCUCUGCUCUUGCUACUCUCGCUAUCGGUCAGGAUCUGCACCUUCGAUGCUGCCAACAGCUGGUCGUAGCUUCUGAUCCCACGGCUCUAACAAUCCUUAACAUGCUCGGUAUUGUCUUGCAGGACUACAACGUCCUCGUUGGUAUCAGCUGUGCCCCCGUCACUGUGAUUGGUGGCGGGGGCGAUCCUACAUGCCCUCCGGGUACCACCCUCGUCGCUUGCAGUGACGUCAGUCACGAUGGCAUCCCUAUUGGUUGCUACCCUGUCAACUGAGCUCAGGAAACGAAGGGAUUUCGGGUGGUUAGAUUGAUAGCCG